AUGAACAAUCACGAUAACAGCAACAGCUUCCUUAAUUACGACGCUAAUAGCCUUGACAACCAAAUCAACACUGAGGAGGCAAAUGCAAAUCUCGAGCUCGCAUUGAAGUUUGUCCAAUCACAGUCACAGCAUGUGGAUGGCGUCAAUGGAACACACGACAGCACUCACGACAGCUCCCACAACUCCACUGAUACCACUGAUUUUAACCACGAUCAUGUCACCAGCCUUCUCAAUCAAGCCCAGCAGCACCAGAACAACAACCCGCCUUCUCUCUCCAACGACGACGAUCACUCUGAUUACUACCAGGAGGACGAUGAUCUCCCGCGUAAGAGAGGCCCCGGAAGGCCUAGAAAGAGCAGGGGCAUCGACGACGACGGCAGAGCCCCCCGUAAAGCCCGCGCUCCUCGGAUGCGUGACGAAAUCAGCAAAUCCACUAAGGGCAAGUAUGCCUUGUUGCGCGAUAAGUCUGAGGUCGACGAAGAUAAGAGGUAUCUCGAUGAAUUCCAUGGUAUCGUAAUGACCACCGGCCAAGCCGUGUUGCAGUCGCAUAUCUCUAGAAUCCUCUUGCAAAAGAUAUCUGAAGCUGGGAUUGGUCAGGCGUCUGGAGAAGCCUAUGGAAGACUUCCCAAUGGUUUUACCGCCAGCCCUUCAAUCUGGCUUGAGCCGCAUGGCUGCGAUAUAUCCGGCUGGCCUGAUGGUUUGCCACCUACUGCCAUUGGUGGCUGGACAAAUCACCAAUUAUACGCCGUUCUAAGGCUUUUACUCGAGGACCCACACAACAUCACCAUCUAUAGAACUGAUGGAAAGCCCGCGAUACCACCACGACCUUUCCAGGGCAAACGCAGGAGCACUACUGUUGCGGCUAACAGUCCAGCUAAGAAGCGCUCCAAGAAGAAGGCGACGAGUAGCAAGAAUGAUGAUUACAAUUCCCUCGGCGUUGGCACGUCCUCUUCAGAAGCAGACGCUCAGGCUGCCGCCGCUGCCGCCGCUGCACUGCAACAGCAACACUUCCAAGCCACCGAACCCUCUUCGAUAGACCUAGACAUCAAACCCAGUCUGUUUGAUCUGCAAUUUGCUAGUAACGAAACCAACAGUCAUGACGACUCAUCUUCCCAACAUUUAGCCAGUCUGGUUGACUUUGCGACAUCCCAAGCAGCCAACAAUGACAACGGCCAGGGACUUCAGUUCAUCAACAAGAGACAAAAUGACAGGAUUGUUGGUGAUUCCUAUCAUCACGAUUCCAACCAUCCAGAUCCAGAAGCCAUGGCAGAGAUUUCGAGGGCUUUCUCAAUCCACGGCAAUGACUCGCACACCCAUGACUCGCGAUCUCCCUCGCAGUCCUCGUUCCAAGUGUCGCACAUGUCGACGCCAGACAUGAGCUGA